CACAGACUCCAGCUGGUGACUGAGGGAACAUUUCUUCUCGGGUAGCUGAACCAGGUCCUCAUGCUGUUGUUGUGGUCAUUGCUGGUCAUCUUUGCUACCGCCAGUGAAGAGGCAGACUGGCUGACUCUCAGGGCUCCUUCUGCUGUCUUUGAAGGAGACCGCAUAGACCUGAUAUGCCAGAAGAAAAUAGACAAGUGGAAAAUCCAGACUAUGGCAUAUUACAAGGAUGGAAAAAAGUUACAUUUUUCAAAUGAAGUCUUCAACUUUUCUAUCCCAAGUGCAGUUCUAAGUGACAGUGGCAGCUAUUCCUGUAGUGCUACUGGUAAAAUAUACUUAUGGAACAAGUCAAAAAAUUCAAAUAGCAUCAAGAUUCAAGUCCAAGAGCUAUUUCCAUAUCCCGUGCUCACCGUCAGCUCCUUCUGGCCCACAGAGGGGAGCCCAGUGACCCUGACCUGUGAGACCCAGCCUUCUCCACAGAGGUCAAAUGCUCAGCUCCGAUAUCGCUUCUUCAGAGGUGGCAGGGCCCUGGCGUCCAGCUGGAGCAGCUCCCCAGAGCUCCAGCUCCCUGCUGUGUGGAAGGAGGAUUCAGGGUCCUACUGGUGUCAGGCAGAGACAGUGACUCCAAGGGUCACAAAACAGAGCCUCCAAUCCCAGAUUCAGGUGCAGAGAGUGCCUGUCUCUAAUGUAAGCUUAGACAUCUGGGCCCCCAAGGGCAUGGUGAUCGAAGGAGAGAGUCUGGUGCUCCUCUGCUCGGUGGCAGAAGGCACAGGAAAUAUCACAUUCUCCUGGCACAGAGAGGACACAGGAACCAGUGUGGGAAGGAAGACCCAGCGUUCCCUGUCAGCAGAGAUGGAGGUCCCAGCUGUGCAGGAGAGCGAUGCCGGCCGCUAUUACUGCAGAGCUGACAACGGCCAUGACCCCAUCCAGAGCAAGGUGCUGAGUAUCUGUGUGAGAAGUCCAGCAUCCCGCCCUGUCUUCAUCCUCAGGGUGCCCGGGGCCCAGGCCAUGGUGGGGGACGUGGUAGAGCUUCGCUGUGAGGCCCACAGAGGCUCUCCCCCAAUUAUGUACCGGUUUUAUCAUGAGAAUAUAACCCUACAAAACAGCUUGGCCCCCUUUGGAGGAGGAGCAUCCUUCAACCUCUCUCUGACCAUGGAACAUUCUGGGAACUACUCCUGUGAGGCUGACAAUGGCUUGGGAGCCCAGCACAGUGAGGCGGUAACACUCUCCAUCUCAGGGACCAGAGGCUACAGAAGAGACCGCAUCACAGCCAGAGUUCUCGGAGCACUGUGUGGUGGCCUCGGCUUUAUAGUUGCUGUUCUGCUGCUCUAUUGCGGGUUCCACAAGGUAUCAGGUGGACACUCUGCCACUGAUGCACCCAGAGAUGCUUCCAGUGCAAACCCUCAAGGGUCCAUUCGCCCCAGCUCACUCCCAGACACUGAGGAACUGCAGCCAGAGUAUGUCAAUGUGAACCCUGUAGAUGUGGAUGUGGUUUAUUCCCAGGUCUGGAGCAUCCUGCCACCAGAAGACUCAGCAAACAUCAGAAGGACAAUUCUGGAGAACAAGGACUCCCAUGUCAUCUACUCUUAUAUAAAGGAGACAUAACACUCAGAGGAAUUGGGAGACAGAUCACCAACAAGGACAGAGCAGCACUAAGGGCUGCGAAAAAUGACAAAAUGCCCAACCCUCAUGAAGCCUCACAGAUAGAAUGUGCUCCAGGGGCUGAGGAGACCAGCGAGGUCAUCAUUUUUGUUUUUAUCAUGUUAUUUCCCAGUGUCUUCUUUCAUUCAUUCAGUAUUUAUU